AGCCCGAGCGGCCGCGAAGGCCCCCGCUCUCCGCUUCUCCCGCCCCCCGCGCCCCAGAGGGCUGCUGGCUGGCUAAGUUCCUCCCGCUCCCGGCUCUCGCCUCACUAGGAGCGGCUCUCGGUGCAGCGGGACAGGGCGAAGCGGCUUGCGCCCACGGAGCGCGCGACACUGCCCGGAAGGCACUGCCACCCUUGUCCCCUCAGCUGCCCACUCGUGAUCUCCAGCGGCCUCCGCGCGCGCACGAUGCCCUCGGCCACCAGCCACAGCGGGAGCGGCAGCAAGUCGUCCGGACCGCCUCCGCCGUCGGGUUCCUCCGGGAGUGAGGCUGCCGCGGGAGCCGGGGCCGCCGCGCCGGCUUCUCAGCACCCCGCAACCGGCACCGGCGCUGUCCAGACCGAGGCCAUGAAGCAGAUUCUCGGGGUGAUCGACAAGAAACUUCGGAACCUGGAGAAGAAAAAGGGUAAGCUUGAUGAUUACCAGGAACGAAUGAACAAAGGGGAAAGGCUUAAUCAAGACCAGCUGGAUGCCGUUUCUAAGUACCAGGAAGUCACAAAUAAUUUGGAGUUUGCAAAAGAAUUACAGAGGAGUUUCAUGGCACUAAGUCAGGAUAUUCAGAAAACAAUAAAGAAGACAGCACGUCGGGAGCAGCUUAUGAGAGAAGAAGCUGAACAGAAACGUUUAAAAACUGUACUUGAGCUACAGUAUGUUUUGGACAAAUUGGGAGAUGAUGAAGUGCGGACUGACCUGAAACAAGGUUUGAAUGGAGUGCCAAUAUUGUCCGAAGAGGAGCUGUCAUUGUUGGAUGAAUUCUAUAAGCUAGUAGACCCUGAACGGGACAUGAGCUUGAGGUUGAAUGAACAGUAUGAACAUGCAUCCAUUCACCUGUGGGACCUGCUGGAAGGGAAGGAAAAACCUGUAUGUGGAACUACCUAUAAAGUUCUGAAGGAAAUUGUUGAGCGUGUUUUUCAGUCAAACUACUUUGACAGCACCCACAACCACCAGAAUGGGUUGUGUGAGGAAGAAGAGGCAGCCUCAGCACCUGCAGUUGAAGACCAGGUACCUGAAGCUGAACCUGAGCCAGCAGAAGAGUACACUGAGCAAAGUGAAGUUGAAUCAACAGAGUAUGUAAAUAGACAGUUCAUGGCAGAAACACAGUUCACUAGUGGUGAAAAGGAGCAGGUAGAUGAGUGGACAGUUGAAACGGUUGAGGUGGUAAAUUCACUCCAGCAGCAACCUCAGGCUGCAUCCCCUUCAGUACCAGAGCCCCACUCGUUGACUCCAGUGGCUCAGGCAGAUCCCCUUGUGAGAAGACAGCGAGUACAAGAUCUUAUGGCACAAAUGCAGGGUCCUUAUAAUUUCAUACAGGAUUCAAUGCUGGAUUUUGAAAACCAGACACUCGAUCCUGCCAUUGUAUCUGCACAGCCUAUGAAUCCAACACAAAACAUGGACAUGCCCCAGCUGGUUUGCCCUCCAGUUCAUUCUGAAUCUAGACUUGCUCAGCCUAAUCAAGUUCCUGUACAACCAGAAGCUACACAGGUUCCUUUGGUAUCAUCCACAAGUGAGGGGUACACAGCAUCUCAGCCCUUGUACCAGCCUUCUCAUGCUACAGAGCAACGACCACAGAAGGAACCAAUUGAUCAGAUUCAGGCAACAAUCUCUUUAAAUACAGACCAGACUACAGCAUCAUCAUCCCUUCCUGCUGCGUCUCAGCCUCAAGUAUUUCAGGCUGGGACGAGCAAACCUUUACAUAGCAGUGGAAUCAAUGUAAAUGCAGCUCCAUUCCAAUCCAUGCAAACGGUGUUCAAUAUGAAUGCCCCAGUUCCUCCUGUUAAUGAACCAGAAACUUUAAAACAGCAAAAUCAGUACCAGGCCAGUUAUAACCAGAGCUUUUCUAGUCAGCCUCACCAAGUAGAACAAACAGAGCUUCAGCAAGAACAGCUUCAAACAGUGGUUGGCACUUACCAUGGUUCCCCGGACCAGUCCCAUCAAGUGACUGGUAACCACCAGCAGCCUCCUCAGCAGAACACUGGAUUUCCACGUAGCAAUCAGCCCUAUUACAAUAGUCGUGGUGUGUCUCGUGGAGGCUCCCGUGGUGCUAGAGGCUUGAUGAAUGGAUACCGGGGCCCUGCCAAUGGAUUCAGAGGAGGAUAUGAUGGUUACCGCCCUUCAUUCUCUAACACUCCAAACAGUGGUUAUACACAGUCUCAGUUCAGUGCUCCCCGGGAUUACUCCGGCUAUCAACGGGAUGGAUAUCAGCAGAAUUUCAAGCGAGGCUCUGGGCAGAGUGGACCACGGGGAGCCCCACGAGGUCGUGGAGGGCCCCCAAGACCCAACAGAGGGAUGCCGCAAAUGAACACUCAGCAAGUGAAUUAAUCUGAUUCACAGGAUUAUGUUUAAUCGCCAAAAACACACUGGCCAGUGUACCAUAAUAUGUUACCAGAAGAGUUAUUAUCUAUUUGUUCUCCCUUUCAGGAAACUUAUUGUAAAGGGACUGUUUUCAUCCCAUAAAGACAGGACUACAAUUGUCAGCUUUCUAUUACCUGGAUAUGGAAGGAAACUAUUUUUACUCUGCAUGUUCUGUCCUAAGCGUCAUCUUGAGCCUUGCACAUGAUACUCAGAUUCCUCACCCUUGCUUAGGAGUAAAACAAUAUACUUUACAGGGUGAUAAUAAUCUCCAUAGUUAUUUGAAGUGGCUUGAUAAAGGCAAGAUUGACUUUUUCGACAUUGGAUAAAAUCUACAAAUCAGCCCUUGAGUUAUUCAAUGGUAACUGACAAACUAAAAUAUUUCCCUAGAAAGGAAGAUGAAAGGAGUGGAGUGUGGUUUGGCAGAACAACUGCAUUUCACAGCUUUUCCAGUUAAAUUGGAGCACUGAACGUUCAGAUGCAUACCAAAUUAUGCAUGGGUCCUAAUCACACCUAGAAGGCUGGCUACCAGCUUUGACACAGCACUGUUCAUCUGGCCAAACAACUGUGGUUAAAAACACAUGUAAAAUGCUUUUUAACAGCUGAUACUGUAUAAGACAAAGCCAAGAUUCAAAAUUAGGCUUUGAUUGGCACUUUUUGAAAAAUAUGCAACAAAUAUGGGAUGUAAUCUGGAUGGCCGCUUCUGUACUUAAUGUGAAAUAUUUAGAUACCUUUUUGAACACUUAACAGUUUUUUUGAGACAAUGACUUUUGUAAGGAUUGGUACUAUCAUUCCUUAUGACAUGUACAUUGUCUGUCACUAAUCCUUGGAUUUUGCUGUAUUGUCACCUAAAUUGGUACAGGUACUGAUGAAAUCUCUAGUGGAUAAUCAUAACACUCUUGGUCACAUGUUUUUCCUUCAGCUUGAAAGCUUUUUUUUAAAAGGAAAAGAUACCAAAUGCCUGCUGCUACCACCCUUUUCAAUUGCUAUCUUUUGAAAGGCACCAGUAUGUGUUUUAGAUUGAUUUCCCUGUUUCAGGGAAAUCACAGACGGUAGUUUCAGUUCUGAUGGUAUAAGCAAAACAAAUAAAACAUGUUUAUAAAACUUGUAUCUUGAAACACUGGUGUUCAACAGCUAGCAGCUUAUGUGAUUCACCCCCAUACCACGUUAGUGUCACAAAUUUUAUGGUUAUCUCCAGCAACAUUUCUCUAGUACUUGCACUUACUAUCUUUUGUCUAAUUUAACCUUACCUGAAUUCUCCUUUUCUCCUGGAGGCAUUUAUAUUCAAAGUGAUAAUUCCUUCCCUUAGAUGCAUAGGGAGAGUCUCUAAAUUUGAUGGAAAUGGACACUUGAGUAGUGACUUAGCCUUAUGUACUCUGUUGGAAUUUGUGCUAGCAGUUUGAGCACUAGUUCUGUGUGCCUAUGAACUUAAUGCUGCUUAUUGUCUCAUUCUGACUUCAUGGAGAAUUAAGCCCACCUUUAAGCAAAGGCUACUAAGUUAAUGGUGUUUCCUGUGCAGAAAUUAAAUUUUAUUUUCAGCAUUUAGCCCAGGAAUUUUUCCAGUAGGUGCUCAGCUAUUUAAAAACAAAACUAUUCUCAAACAUUCAUCAUUAGACAACUGGAUUUUUUGCUGGUUUUGUAACCUACCAAAAUGGAUAGGCUGUUGAACAUUCCACAUUCAAAAGUUUUGUAGGGUGGUGGGAAAUGGGGGAUCUUCAAUGUUUAUUUUAAAAUAAAAUAAAAUAAGUUCUUGACUUUU